AGCGCCUGGGCCUGAGCUGCCUGCACUUCCUACCAUACAGUGACCCUCCAGCCCAGUGCCCGCCCCUACCCACAAUCCCUUGCAAGCCUCUCCCCAGAUAUCACUCUUUACUACCCGCAACCUCCUGCAGGCUUCUUCCCCCUCCUCCCAGCUACCCACAGUCUCCUGAGGGCCUCUCCCCAGGGUCUGUAUUGCCUCCACACUACCCACAAUCCUUUGCAAGCCUCACCCCCAACUCCCAUUACCCACAAUCCCCUGAGGGCCUCUUCCCAGCCCCAGCCAUGGCUCUGGUGCCCCCCAAGCGGCGGCGGAAGCAGGUGCUCACAGGGAACGAGGGCCAGGCCGAGGUGGAGGGGGCCCCAGGGGGGCUGGUGCUGUGCCUGGUGCAGCGGCGCAUGGGGGCCUCACGUUGCGCCUUCCUCACUCGCCUGGCCCGGGCUCGGGGGUUCCGUGUGGAUGGGCCCCGCAGUGCAGCAUUGACCCAUGUGGUGGCUGAGCAGCUGACAGGGGAUGAGGCAGCUGUGUGGCUGGCCCGGGAGCGUGGAGGUGUUGGGGGUCCCAGCCCCCAACCAGCCAUGUUGGACCUGAGCUGGCUGACCGAAAGCAUCAGCGCCGGGCAGCCUGUGCCUGUCGAGCCACGGCAUCGCCUCCACGUAACAGUGACUGUGGAGCCCAGCCUGCAGGUGGCGCCUUAUGCCUGCCAGCGCCGCACCCCGCUGGACCACCCCAACCCUGCCCUCGUGAUGGCACUGGAGACUCUGGCAGAAGCUGCCCUGUUUGCGGGUGAAGAGGCACGAGGUCUGGCAUUCACCCGUGCUGCCUCUGUACUGCGCUGCCUGCCUCGAGCCCUGCAGGGUACUCAUGAGCUUAGCGGCCUGCCCUGCAUCGGGGGGCACUCCCACCGUGUCCUUCAGGAGGUGCUGGAGGAUGGGGUCUGUGCGGAGGUGGAGGCAGUGAAACAGUCAGAGCGAUACCAGACCAUGAAGCUGUUCACCCAGAUCUUUGGGGUCGGGGUCCGGACAGCUGACUGCUGGUACCGGGAGGGGCUGCGGUCACUGGGGGAUCUGCAGUCGCACGGGACCCGGCUGACCAGGCAGCAGCAGGCAGGAGUGGAAUGCUUUGAGGACCUGGCUGUACCUGUGGGCCGGGCUGAGGCUGAGGGCCUGGCAUGCCUGGUGCUGGAUGCUGCUGCCCGCCUGCUGCCCAGCGCCUCUGUCACGCUGGCUGGGGGCUUCCGAAGAGGCAAGCCUCACGGCCAUGACGUGGACCUGCUGCUGUCGCACCCUGAGGAGGGCCGUGAGGUGGGACUGCUGGGCCCUCUUGUUGCCUGGUUGGAGGAGCAGGGUCUCCUGCUGUACCAGCACAGCCAGCACAGCAGCUACACCACCACAGCAGAGCCCUCUUCCAGCUGUGGGCCCCUGGACCGCUUUGAGCGCUGCUUCACCAUCCUGCGCCUAGUGCUGCCCGCAACAGGCACGGGGGUGCGGGCCUGGCGGGCUGUGCGCCUGGACCUGGUUGUCGUUCCCCACAGCCAGCUGCCCUUUGCCCUGCUCGGUUGGACUGGAUCCCGUCACUUUGAGCGGGAGCUACGGCGCUUUGCCCGGCAUGAGCGGGAGAUGGUGCUCAACAGCCAUGGGCUCUACAACAUGCGGCAGGGCACCUUCCUACCAGCAAGCUCAGAGGAAGAGAUCUUCCAGCACCUGGGCCUGGACUACAUUCCCCCCACCCUCCGCAAUGCCUGACCUCACCCCAGACAAAUAAACCCCCUGACCAUACUCCA